GGCACGUGGGACCACUGCUGUAUCAAUAUCGGCCAUACCAUGCCUAAGUUAAGUUAUGCAUUAAAAUAACUUACAGGCAGGCAAGUUAGGCAUAUUUUAACUUUUUUAACUGUUUAUUACGCACCUGCUGAUGGCUUGAAGAUAUAUCACACGUUUCGUUUCAGGCAAGAAAAGGAUUCAUAAGACCAAAGUCGAUGACGGAGUCGGAGUCUCAAACUUAGCUACAUGUACAGCACCGUAUCCCCGAUACACGCGCCGAAAGCACGCCGUCGAUCGCGUCGCGUCGGUACGUACGGUACGGCGCGGUGCAUGCACGCGCACUGGGCUAACUUUGUUAGCUGUAUUUCGAGAUCGUACUGCUGGACGGUGGAUAUUUUUCUGAUCAUUAACUUCAUUUAUUCUAAGUGUUAGAGCGGGGAUUGUACAUGGCCAUAAGAUAUUGUUCGAUUUUUACCCGUACGGUACCGGUACGGUAUUUCAGAAAGAUUACCUCUGAUCACGUCAGACCUCAGGCACAGGCAGAUAGACAUGGCUGUGGAAAGCAGAAGCGGAUCGUCUGUCGAGAGAUCACGGGGACCACAGGGAGAGCUUCAGCAUGGCUCGAUGGGUGUAUUGCUAAAUGCUGACGACAGGGGUGCUGUGCUUGUGGAAGAUGAAGCAAACGAGAUAGAUGACGAAGAUGAUGAUGUUUUUAUAAGUGAAGAUGUUAUCUCCAUAAAACUCAAUGAGAAGGAAAUUUCAUGUGGUUGGUGUGGCAAAAGUGCUAAUUGUUUGAAGAUUUGCAGCACAAUCAAGGGAUAUCUCUUGGCCUUUUCACUCACAGGGCUCUUCCACUACCUUGUCCCUUUUGGACUCCUCUUUGCUGUCCUCACUACGCUAGAGAAACGCUUCCAUUUUUCCAGCAAAGAGAGUGGUAGCAUUGCCAGUGCCUACCAGUUCUCUGCAAUGUUCUUUACAGUCUUUGUGGGAUAUAUUGGAGAAAGGGGAAACAAACCAGUCUGGGUUGGAGUAGGAACCUUAGCAUUGGCCAUAGGGUCUGUCCUGUUCUCUCUGCCUCAUUUCAUAUCAGAUCCAUAUUAUGUGACACCAUUUAACCAAUCAGAAGAGGACAGCCUUGUGUGUCCAGGUGUUGACAACUCAUCCAUGCUUCAGGAGAAAUGCGGUUUGACUGAAGGUGUAGUAGAAGCAAGUGAUAACUUCAUUGGAUUAUUCAUAUUUUCAAUGGUUUUGAUUGGCUUUGCUGGGUCUCCAGUCUUUACUCUUGGUGUAACUUACCUGGAUGAGAAUCUACAGCCAAAAGACUUUGGACUUUUCCUUGGUAUCUACACUGCUUUCCUGAAUGUUGGGCCAGCCUUAGGCUUCUUUGUAGGGGCAUUAACAUUAUCAAUCUUCACAGAUAUAAAACUUGAUGAACACAGUGUAUCAUUAACCUCUGACCAUCCUCUAUGGGUAGGAGCUUGGUGGUUGGGCUUUCUUGUAGCUGCAGCCAUUGUGGCUGUCUUAGCAUUGAUCAUCAUGGGAUUCCCAAAGAAACAACCAGGGAGUGAAAAAAUAGCAGAAAGACGUCCAUCUGAAGCUCAGAAAGGAAGUGAAUUCAAAUCCCAGGAGGGAUUUUUUGAGAAGGUAAUUGAUUUCCCAAGGGCACUAGGGAAGAUCAUCACCAACCCUCCAUUCAUAAGCAUCUGCUUCGCCAUGGCAACUGAGUGGUUUAUCAUAACGGGUGUGGCAGUCUUUGUACCAAAGUUCUUUGAAGCACAAUUAAAUAUGUCUUCCACCCAAGUCGCAAGUAUACUAGGUGUUUUAUCAAUCACUGCUCAGUUGAUUGGUUCCUUAGGUAGUGGAAUAGUCAUUAACAGACUGGAUCUGAAGUUUAGAGGCCUUAUCAAGCUAUGUGUGAUUUCUGUGUUGAUAUCAUUAUUAGCAUCACUUGCAUUCAUUAUGCAUUGUCCUAUGGUGCCGUUCGCAGGUGUAACUGAUACCAAAGAAAGUACUAAGUCAGUGACUGAAGCUGAGAGCAUGUUCCUACUGCCCUGUAAUACCCAUUGUGAUUGCCAUUCUAAGUCUUUUGAACCUGUAUGUGGCAGUGAUGACAUCAUGUACUAUUCACCAUGCCAUGCUGGGUGCAUCCGCAAAGACACAUUUGAUGAAGAAGUGGUAUUCAGGAACUGCCAAUGUAUCAGUGCUAACAUGCUCCAUGCUGCAUCAUCUCAGAUACCUGAGAAUAUCACAGUAACCAUUGAAUCAUCAACUCCUCAAGACUCCCCUGAGGAAGGCUAUGCUGUCCCAGGACGAUGUAGAACAACAUGUCCUUACAUGUGGCCCUACUUUGUUCUAUUAUGGGUGUUCUUCUUCAUAAAUGCCUUUGCUACUGUUCCUGCCUGGGCUAGCAGUAUAAGAUGUGUGUCUCAUUCGCAGAGAGCCUUUGGUCUUGGGGUGCAGACUGUCAUAUAUGGCCUCGGAAGCGCCCCAGCACCGAUCGUCUUUGGUUUGUUCAUUGACAAGUCUUGCCUGGUGUGGGAGUCUCUAUGUGAAGGAUCUCAGAUAUGCUGGCUCUAUGACAACCGUACCUUGGCUUUCACCAUGCUAGGGUUAUGCCUAUGUGGAAAGAUUCUUUCUUUCAUCUUCUUUGGUUUAGCCCAUGUCUUCUAUCGACCUUACUUGGACAUCAAGGAGGAUGAGGAAAGAGAAGAGGAACAAGAUGAAGUAUAAUAGUUAUUGUCUAUGAAUGGGUGAAUCAAGAUGGAUGAAAUACCUACCAGUUCUGAUCCCUAUGUCAUAACAGAUACAAUCUAUCAAAAUACAAGUAAGCAUAAAUAUAAGUCCGUGGCAAAUAGUAUACAGGAAAUUACAAUUAAUUGUAAUUAUUAAGGGUGUCUCUUUAUGUUACACUCUUGUUUUUGUAUCAUACAGUUACACUUGGACUUAGAUUUUUAUUUUUAUUUUUUGCAGAAUUUUGAGACAUCCGAGUAUUCAGAUCAUACUCAGGGAUGGGUACUAUUGAGUAGUUUAUUAAUGAAAGUGAGCAUUAAAAUAACGUUGAUACAUGUUUGUCCUACCAAACUCUCUGUGACCACGUCUUUUGAUCGAUCAGUGUAGAGGUUGGGAAUAAUGAGAACAAACAUAGACCUUUUGGGCUUUCCAUAGUAAACAAAGCCCUACGAAGCUUUCCAUAGUUCCUCUUCAGAUGGUCUUAGUCUUUUUUACACUUUAUGUACUCCUUUGUCUUUCUUGCCGUUUCUUUCUUGUUUGCAAGCAAUACAAUAUCACAAAGAAAUUUGAUAAAGUGGUAUAUUACAAUUAUGUUCAUGUUGAAUAGAUAAAAAAGGUUGUUAUAAUAAUUCUAUUUCUUUCUCUUUGAUAUGCCUUUUUGUGCCCCUGUAAAAAGUUGUAUACUUAAAUGGUAUUGUUCAAUUUUGCAUUAUUUAUUUAACUGUGUAUUUUUGUAUUUUCUUAUUUUCCUUUCUUGCAAAUGACCCAUAUUACUUUAUUAACUAGAUUUCUCCCCCAAACAGAUUUGAAGAUUUAAAAAAAUGAUGUAACUUGAUGAAUAAAUUAGCAGAGAGAGGAAUAUAUCAAUAGAACACUGCAGGAAACAAAAUAUUGUUUUCAUUGCAGAUAUUAAUCUUGAUCAAAGUGAUUAAAGUAUUAAAGAUGGUUAAUAAAAUCAUGCUUCAAGAUUAAGUACAUGUUUAAUGGUAAGGUAGGUAUUCUACUACAGUAUUCACCAUUAGCUGCUUUUUCUUCUUUAAACACCAAUCCACCCUAUAAACAAAAAGUGAAUUUGAAUAAAUACAGGAAAAAACAACAAGCAUAAUGAUGAACAUUUCAUCAAAAUUGGAUGUGAAAUAAGGAAGUUAUGAAAUUUAAAGUAUCUCUUAUUUCAACAAACAGUUACAUGCACAACACAGGUUAUAUGGAAAUGAGAGAGUCAAUCAUGACACAAAUUCACUUUUCUUGUGUAUUUUAUUAUAUGAAAUAUAGAAUAUUUCUUUUUUUUAAGGGGGGGGGGGUAUGACAACAAAAAAGCAUCUUUAUUAAAUCACAAAAGUUGUAAAAAAAUUUAAUCCUAUAUUUCCAAUGAGGGAUCAAACCUGUGUUUCAUUUAGUAAUGAGACGGAAAAAAAUAAGAUGCAUGUAUUUUAUAUUUCAAAUAAUAGAAUACAAAAAAAAAUUAUGAGUAGAUGACAUCAUAGGUCCCCUCAAUUGCACCUGAACGAAUAUGUACAUAAAUAUAUUGUGUAUUAAGAAAAACUUUAGAAUACCCUAACUUUCUUAUAUCACAUCAGAUUUUGAGGAAAUCAUCAUGUUCAACAUCAUGUUUGUUUAAUUUUUUUUUCAUUC